ACCGAAUGAAACUCAGUAUUUACCGUUAACCCACAGACCCCAUCGGCGGCGGCGCUCAGUUGGCGUGGCCAAUGCUACUUUGCCUAAUUUCUCAAGCACAUUGUCCAGCCUGCCCAACUUUUCCACCAUGUCAAGCCCAGAGAAGGACAAGAGUCAGAAGUUGGAGUUCAAAGCCAACUCCAAAGAGUUCAUGGUCAUCUCCAACCUGGUCCACUUCACCAGCUACCAGAUCGAGAUCCUGGCCUGCAACCAUCCCAUCGAUCAGAACCGCUGCAGCAUGCCGACAUACGUCAACGCCCGCACCCUGCCUGAACUAAAAGCUGACAACAUCGUUGGGCAUGUGACUCACGAGUUCUUCCCAGACGAACCAGAAUUUGUCUACAUCAAAUGGCAGGAGCCGAGAACACCCAAUGGCAUGAUCAUACUGUAUGAAGUCAAAUACAUGAGAAUGUCGGAUAACUAUGAGGAUCAAAUAUGUGUGUCUAGAAUCGUUUAUGAAAAAAUGAACGGCUAUCGGUUACGAGUAGGGCAUCCUGGGAAUUACAGUGUGAGAAUACGUGCCACUUCCCUGGCCAGCAACGGCUCCUGGACGGAGCCUGCAUACUUCUUUGUUCAAGACAGGGAUAUGAACAUGAAAGUCAUCAUCGGCCCGCUUGUCUGCCUCAUU